AUGAUGAUAUGUGAUCUCUUGGAUACAAACACACACACACAAACCACCAGGCAUUGCUGCUACCCAGCUGAGCAAAAUGUCUUUCUCCUAGCAGCGGUGCUCGUCAUAGCUUUCAAAUCCUUGACGAUGUGGCCAUGCUUUCCCCUCUGCCUUCUACUUUCUCUCUGUUUCUGCCUGCUCUUCCUGCCCUUGGGGCAUCUUUGCCCUCCUCUCUGUAGCUGUAUGGACUCCCACACUAUAGACUGCAGGGAUCAAGGACUCCCCAGGGUUCCUAAUCUGUUUCCACUGGACGUACGGAAACUUCUCAUAGCUGACAACAACAUUCAGGUGAUACCGGCUGAUUUCUUUAUAUUUUAUGGUGAUCUAGUCUACUUGGACUUCAGGAAUAACUCAAUCACCUCCUUAGAAGAGGGCACUUUCAGCAGUUCCACCAAGCUGGUGUUUUUAGACCUAAGCUACAAUAAUUUAACGCAGCUUGAUGCUGGGAUAUUCAAGUCGGCAGAGAAGCUGAUAAAAUUAAGCCUUGGGAACAAUAACCUAGUGGAUGUGGACGAGGCUGCUUUUGAGAGCCUGGAACAGCUCCAAGUGUUAGAACUGAAUGACAAUAACUUGCAGAGCCUCAACGUGGCUGCCCUGGAUGCACUUCCGUCCCUUCGGACUAUACGUCUAGAGGGCAACCCAUGGGUCUGUGACUGUGACUUUGCCAACCUCUUCAGCUGGAUACAAGAGAAUGCAUCCAAGCUUCAGAAAGGUCUACAUGAACUCCAGUGUUCCCUGCCUGUGGAAAACAGAAGAAUCUUUCUGGAUGAAUUAUCUGAGGUCAGCUUCAGUGAAUGCAAAUUUAGUUUGUCGUUAACGGAUCUGUUGAUCAUCAUCUUCUCUGGCGUCGCGGUCUCCAUCGCCGCCAUUCUGUCAAGCUUCCUCUUGGCAGCGCUGGUGCAUUGCUUCCAGAGAUGCGCUCCCAGCAAAGAUGACGAUGACGAAGAAGACAGCGAGGACUGAACCAUUCCUGUAUUUAAAUAUCCCUCGUUUAUAAGUUACUGGA